GUGUUUCUGUCCUUCCAGUUUCCCAGCAUGCUCUGGCUGUGGUGGUGGUGGAGGUGAAUGAGGGGGAAAGGUCUGUCCUGCUGCCCUGUCUAUACUCAGAUUCUAUACUUGAGGACAAUCCCACAGUGAUGUGGACUCGCAGUGACCUCGAUCCCAAAUCUGUACACCAACGACGAGAAGAAGGAGAUGAUCCUACAGGACAAAACCAGCGUUACAGCAGACGCACAUCAAUGAAUCGUUACGCUUUCAUAAUAAAAGACUUCAGCCUCACUCUAAGGAAACCCACAAAGACUGACAGCGGCAACUACACCUGCUCCAUCAGUGCUGGAGGAAAAGAACGGAGACUCAGAGACACCCAGCUACAGGUCAAAGACCAGCAGGUGGAGGUGAAGGUGAGGGAAGGAACAGGGUCUGUCAUCCUGCCGUGCAAAACAAAAGCCGACCUGCCUGAGGACACCACAGUGGAGUGGACUCGCUCUGACCUCGGACUCAUCACAGUCCAUGAGUAUUCUAACAGAAAUGAUGAGCUCAUGACUCAGGAUGAAGUUUACAGAGACCGAACGAAGAUGAAUGAAGACCUGCUGAGAACUGGAGACCUCAGUCUGACCCUGAAACAGCCCAAAGUGAAAGACACAGGACGAUACAUCUGCACCAUCUACAGGGACAAAGACAUCCUGAGACAAAAAGUCAUGUUGCAGGUCAAAAAACCAUUUCCAUCCUGGGUCAAAGAUCUUCUGGUUCUCCUGUUUGUCUUUGUGAUUUUUGGAGGUCUUUUAUAUUAUUUACGUCACUAUUACAUGUCAGAUUACCAAGUGGAGGUGGAUUCAGGGGUGGCGUCUGUCAAGCUGCCCUGCAAAACUAUAUUUAAAUUCCUAAAACACACUAAAGUGGAGUGGAGGGACAGAAACAACAGGAAGGUCCACGUGUAUCAGAACGGCUCUGACCAGCCUGAAAAACAGCACCGGUUUUACAGAAACCGAACAGAGAUGAAAAGGACAUCUCUGCUGAAACCUGGAGACCUCAGUCUGACCCUGACAUAUCCAACGGAUGACGACAACUUCACCUACACCUGUACCAUCUACAGCAGGAAAGGAAACAUACUGACAAGGAAAAAUGUGCAGCUCCAUGUCAGAGGUCAGUGCUGCUUAUACAGGUGAGAGGUCAGAACAUAGUUUUUACUUUGUUUCUCCCUGAAUCCCACACAGUGCUCAUGUCUGUGGCGUGAAUCGUGACAACCCCAACUCCAACUCUGUACAGUGGCUUCGCUCCCAUGACAAACUCUGUUCCCAAUACAAGUGAGAAAACACAUCAUUUAAACCGGCAAGCAACACACACAAAGUACUCACUAACAAACCCAUCAUGAACUCAACGAUCCAGCACCAACUGAAGCUCAGCCAGUAGAGCUGGCGACAUUUGAUGAGCAACAGGUGUGUCUGGCUUCUCCUUGUCCUAAUGACGCUUAAAAACCAGCCUUCCUGAUACACACAGACACAUACACACACACAUCGAGACAUAAACAGGGAAACAAGGGACCUUGAGAAGCCGAGAAAAAACCUACAACAGCAGAGUAUGCCUACACAGACACACAGGCAGGGCGCAUCAUGAGGACCGCCAGCCCAGGAUAAACUCCAAACCCAGAAAUAUCAACAAGUCCAAAACACAAGAGCCCUGGAUCAUCAGACCCAGACCCAUGACAGUGCUGCCAUCAAAAUGCCUCUCUUUGGUUUGACGCUGUCUCCAACAUGAAUGGAAGCAGAUGGUCUUUAUAUUAAUGGAAUCAAUGACACACCAGAUCACCUAAAAAUGAAUAAUAAAUCUGCUGGAACUGUCAUACCCCAAAAAGUUGAUUCUGUUCAUCUGGACGUAACAUUUUCACUGGGAGAAACGUUUCGUCACUCAUCCAAGUGACUUCUUCAAUCUCAGCUGACUGCAGGUUUCCCCAAUCUUAUAAACGGUACAUUUGCACGGAAACUAGAACCACUGAAUGAACAAAGGGCUGGGAGGUUGAUCCUUGAUCAUUAGUAUGCAAAUUCUCAUGACCAUUGAUCAACAACCACUGGUCAAAGACCACUAAUCAAUGGCCAUGAGUACCA